AUGGUAAUGAAUAUUGAAGUUGAAGUAUUGUCCACUUCAACCAUCAAACCAUCUUCUCCAACUCCAAGCCACCUUCGCUUUUACCAACUCUCAUUCAUUGAUCAAUUAUCAAUCCACAUCUACAACAAUUUGGUCAUAUUCUUUCCUCCAAAAGCCAUUGAUUCUAACCAAACCCUAGAUGUUGUUGAAAUAUCCCACAAGCUCAAAACCUCCCUAUCCCAUGUCCUAACCCAAUAUUACCCAUUGGCCGGAAGAAUCAAAGACAACCUUUUCCUCACUUGUAAUGAUGAGGGCAUCCCUUAUUUGGAGGCACAAGUCAAUUGCAAACUCUCUGAUAUUCUUCCAAAUCUUCAGCCUAGUGAGCUCCCCAAGUUUGUCCCUUUUGAGUUAGAUGGUAGGGUUGACCUUUUACUAGGGGUCCAACUCAACAUCUUCAAAUGUGGUGGAAUAGCAAUAGGGUUUUGUAUUACACACAAAAUUGGUGAUGCCUUAUCGGCUUUGAUGUUCACUAAAUGUUGGGCAGCCGCUACUAGAGGAGAUCAUGAUGAAGAUAUCCCUUGGCCAAUAUAUGAAUCUUCUACACUUUUUCCACCAAAGGAUAUGUCUAAGAUAGAUAUGCCAACCAUUGAUCACAUCCCAACAAAAAAUAUUGUAUCAAAAAGGUUUUUAUUUGAAUCUUCAAAGAUUGAGGCUCUUAGGGCAAAGUAUGAAGAAAAGGGCAACAACUUCAAAAAAGUGAUUCGCCCUUCUCGUGUGGAGGCUUUGUCUGCUUUCAUAUCUAGUCGUUACAUGGCUGCCACGAAAGAAGUUUUUGGCCCUAAAAAGAGGCGUUACUCCAUAGCUCAGGCGUUUAAUCUUCGAACAAGAAUUGACCCACCAACCCCUGAAAACUCCUUUGGAAAUUUUUCGCGCCAAUUCAUUCGUUGUUUGGAUUCAUUGGGUGGCAAAGAAGAGAGCUACAGCUACCUAGUGAGGGAGAUGAGACACCUAAUGAAAUGCGGUAAUGAAAAAGAGUAUGCCAAGAACAUCCAGAUGGGAAUUGAUCAGUGCUUGAUUUUCAACAAAGAACAUGCUGAAGAAAUCGCCAAAGGAGAGUUGAUUGAUCUUAAAUUUACUAGUAUAUGUAGAUUUCCACUGUAUGAUCAUUUCGAUUUCGGUUGGGGACAGCCAAUGUGGAUUGGUGCAAAUCCAUUGCCAUGCAAGAAUCUCAUCAUUUUUGUGGACACAAAAUCUGGUGAUGGGAUUGAAGCUUAUAUCGAUUUUGAAGAAGAAGACAUGGCCAAGUUCGAACGUGAUGAGGAGUUCGUUUCAUUCAUUUCAUCAACCAAAUAAUAAUCAUUUCAAGUCAUGAUAUAUUGAAUUUGUGUUUGUGAUCAAUACAUAUAUAAUAUAUUAUUAUAGCAACUACAACAAGUGGGUAAAAUAAGAAUGUUUUAUCUAAUUUUAAUGUUUACCAUAU